GGUCUCGAAGAUCUACCCCUUGUGCUGUUGAAGCCAUGGCUGCCAAAUGCCUCAAGGCCAGCUUCUCAUCAGGGUCUCUCAAGGUCCCAGGAAGGACCAGUGGGGGCUCCGCUCGUGUGUCAACGAUCUACUCCGGCGGCUCUUGCAAGCUCCCCAGCCUCUCCCGGGGGACCCGGAGUUUCUCUGCCUGCUCGGUUGGGCUGGGCAGGAGCAGCAGCAGGGCUGCCAGCUGCCUCCCCACUCUUUGCCUCCCCUCCGGGGGCUUUGCCACCAGCUACAACAUGGCCGGGGGCUGGUUUGGGGAGGGUGUCCUCACCAGCAAUGAGAAGGAGACCAUGCAGUUCCUGAAUGACCGCCUGGCCAGCUACCUGGAGAAGGUGCGGCAGCUGGAGCGGGACAACGCGGAGCUGGAGAGCCGCAUCCGGGAGUGGUGUGAGCAGCAGGUGCCCUACCUGUGCCCUGACUACCAGUCCUACUUCCUGACUAUCGAGGAGCUUCAGAAGAAGACCCUGUGCACCAAGGCAGAGAACGCCAGGCUGGUUGUGCAGAUCGACAAUGCCAAGCUGGCCGUGGAUGACUUCAGGACCAAGUAUGAGACAGAGGUGUCCAUGCGGCAGCUGGUGGAGUCGGACAUGAAUGGCCUGCGCAGGAUCCUGGAUGAUCUGACUCUGUGCAAGGCUGACCUGGAGGCCCAGGUGGAGUCCCUGAAGGAGGAGCUGCUCUGCCUUAAGAAGAACCAUGAGGAGGAAGUGAACUCAUUGCGCUGCCAGCUUGGUGAUAGACUCAACGUUGAGGUGGACGUGGCCCCACCUGUUGACCUGAACCGUGUUCUGGAUGAGAUGAGAUGCCAGUAUGAGACCCUGGUGGAGAAUAACCGUAGGGAUGCUGAAGACUGGUUCAAUACCCAGACCGAGGAGCUGAACCAGCAGGUGGUGUCCAGUUCAGAGCAGCUGCAGUCUUGCCAGGCGGAGAUCAUUGAGCUGAGACGCACGGUCAAUGCCCUGGAGAUCGAGCUGCAGGCCCAGCACAGCAUGAGAGACGCUCUGGAAUCCACCCUGGCAGAGACGGAGGCCCGCUACGGCUCCCAGCUGGCUCAGAUGCAGGGCCUGAUCACCAACGUGGAGUCCCAGCUGGCGGAGAUCAGGAGUGACCUGGAGCGGCAGAACCAGGAGUACCAGGUGCUGCUGGACGUCCGGGCCCGGCUGGAGGGCGAGAUCAACACGUACCGGGGGCUGCUGGAGAGCGAGGACGGCAAGCUCCCCUGUAACCCGUGUGCCCCUGACCACUCACCUGCCAAGUCAGGCCUCCCCUGUCUUCCUGCGGCCUCCUGUGGGCCUGGCCUAGCCCGCACAACCUGUAGCCCCCGCCCCAUUUGUGUGCCCUGCCCAGGGGGCCGUUUCUAAGAGUGGCUGGCCCAGAAAGCCAAGGCUGCUGUCUCCAGGGCUCGGACUUGGCCUCUGUUCAAGCCUAACCCUAAAGCCCAACCCCCUGUCUUGGUGCAGAGCCCGGGCCCGGGCCUGGCCGAGAAAGCUCACGGUGAACACGUGCCUUCACCCUUCUCAAGGCUAGUCGCUAAGGCUGGCCACCCCUGAAGGCCUCAGCUCCUCGUGGUUUCAAUGGGGGCCAGAAUCUCUGUUCUCUGGCUGCCUCCUGGGGCAGGUUUUCCUCCUGGGUGCUGUUGCAGUGGGCUCUGAAAUGCAGUAGAGGGCUUCUGUGGCGGAACAAUAAAGCGUGUUUGCUCUGGUUCUCCGUGCCUAACCA